UUGUGUUUCCCCGCGGAAGGAUUAUCGGACUGUACCCAAGCUGCAUGUGUUUUGUUUUUCGGACUGUUACUGUUUAUUAUUUUACCUGACAGACAGUCGCUUUUGUCCGGAGACACAGUCAUGUCCUCAGCAGAGGUAGUUCUGGGUUUCCUGGAGGAAGCGGAGCCGUGGCGGCUUCGCUCACCGCAGUUCCCCAGUAAAGUCGGGGGGAAGCCGGCGUGGCUCUGCCAGCGAGGCCUGCCCUCCCUGUCCGGGCUGGAGUGUGAGAUAUGCCGCCUGCCUCUGGCCUUUCUGCUGCAGGUGUACGCUCCCAUUUCUGGUCAGGACAGAAGUUUCCACAGAACGUUGUUUCUGUUCUGCUGUAAAACUCCUGAGUGCUACACACACAACGACAGCCGCUGUAUGAAAGUUUUCAGAAGUCAGCUACCUAGAAGGAAUGAGUUCUACCCCUACGACCCACCACCAGAGGAUGAACCCCCCAGUGAUCUCGAUCAAGACCAGAGUGUGCUGCCCAUCUCUGGAGUUAAACUGUGCUGGGUUUGUGGUUGCCCCGGCAACAAAGCCUGCUCCCGCUGUCAUGCUGUAACCUACUGUGGAAAACACCACCAGACCCUCCACUGGAAAAACACACACAAGAAGGAGUGUUGUAUCCCAGAAGCAUCUGUUGUCACAGUUUCUCCCUACAUCUUCACUGAGUGUGAGCUGGUCACUGAGCCUGAGGAAGAGGAAGAGGAGGAGGAGGCUGAAGGAGAAGAGGAGACGGCUGUUGCUCAGAGGAGUGAAGAUUGUCCCUCCUUAGCAGAAACCUUGGCAGAGACAGAUCUGGAGGAGAUGGCUAUGCAUGAGACUGAAGACAACAAAGUCGUCCAGAGGUUUAAAAAGAAGAUCGCUCCAGAGCCACAUCAGGUGGUGCGUUACAGUCGGGGGGGCUCUCCCUUGUGGGUCUCCUCCCAGCACAUCCCUUUAGAUCAGGACAUCCCAGCAUGCACCUGUGGCGCCAAGAGGACUUUUGAGUUUCAGGUGAUGCCCCAGCUAUUGAACAGUCUAUGUGUGGACUCCACAGGAGCCAGUAUUGACUGGGGGACUCUGGCUGUCUACACCUGCUCCUUCAGCUGUAACCAUGACGACCAGUACUGCCCCGAGUUCAUUUGGAAGCAGGACUUCAGUUCAGAUCAACAAACACAGAUUAAACAGCCAUAAUAUCUCA